AAAGCCGGAGGGCGUAAGUGGCGUUAAAAAUAUGUCGUCUUCGUUAGUGAAGAGGUCUUUAGAUUUAUUUCGAGAUCCGAAAAGUGACACUGUCAAAGAGAAUACAAUUACCAGUACAAAAAAAUACGGUUUGAAAAAGGAACGUAGAAAACAUCAAAAGAAAACAAUUUGUAAUAAAUUAAAUUUAAAAGAUAAGAAAAUACAUUCAGUUGUUGAUGAACUCAAGAAGAAGAAAACACAAGACCAAACAGAAAAUAAUUUAUACAUUAUAGAAAGACUUUCAAAUAAAAAAAUCAGUUCAAAAGUAGUUGAGAAAAUUCCAUUAAAUAUAGAUGAUCCUAGGAGUAGACUUUCAGGUAGCACAGACCUCAAGGAACAACUUAAACAACAAGGAAUUGUCAUUAUUCAUCAACAUCCAAAAGAUGAAAAAGUGUUGCAAACUGAGGAUAUUGAAUUUCAGAAGGCAGUGGAGACAGGCAAACAUAUUAUUGUUAUAGAACCAGAAGGACUUGGUGAAAUGGCAUCUAUGUGGAUUACUUUUGGAAAUUUUUUUCAUAAAAUGAAUAUAGUUAUGAGUUUAGGAACUAUUGCAUCUGCAUAUAUUUUCAAAAAACCAUAUGUUUGUUUCAGUUUGUGUGCAUUUACAGUCUUUAGUUCCAUUGUAUACACUUUAACUUGGCAGUUUGAUCCAUGUACUAAUUAUAGGGUGGAAAAAAAUCCGAAAAAGAAAGCAAGAUUUACAAUGUUAGUUUCUAACCAAAAUCCAACAGUUCUUAUUUUUAAAAAAGAUAGACUUAAAAGUUUUGCUCGUCUUACCAUGACAAUUUCAGCAACUAGUAUUUGUCUAUGGAACUUUUAUAAAUUUUAUUCAGGAAAAGUGAAAAUUUAAAUAAAUAAGAAAAAUAAAAGAUUUGAAAGUUCAAUUCAUUUUAUAACCAAAUUUAGUUUCAAUUUAUUUUUUAAAUUGAAAAUAAAGAUAAAAGUGAUUAGUUUUAUUGGAUAAAAGAUAAUAUAUAAAAUCAUCUAUAAACUUUAAUUAUUGUGAUUCAUGUAAUGAGUGAACAAAACUUAUAAUACGUGCAAAAUAUUCUGAUUGUACCUUAUUUAAAGUUAGUGUUUUGCAGUGGCGUGCCGUCAUUAGAAGCGGUGGAAGCGCCGCUUCCCUUGUAUUUUAUAAAAAAAUAAAUACAUAUU